GGUGACCAACCACUUAUUUUUCUGUUCUGUUUAGAGAUAAUCAGUUAACCACCAGCUUUGGCAUUGGUGUCUUUUCUACUCAACGGCAUCUCCGGUGGCCACUUCAGGAGUCUCCUUGGCCGGUCUUAUUCUUGGAAAUUAAAGAGAGAAUCUACCAAGAUUAUUCUUCUUGAAAAUUUCCAUCAUAUAUUUCCAAAACUUUCUGGAUGAGCAUAAGGAUUUGAAGGUGGACAGAGAAUGGAACUGUGUCCUCAAGUGCUAACAAGCAGGGAACAAACCAAAAGGACAGCCAGUAGGUGAGGAGAGGCCAUGGAAUAUCCACCUACCAGAUAAUCAUCGUUGGACUAGUUGGAAAGUGUCUGAAUGUAGGCUGCAGCAGUCCUGAAGGUUGAUGGAGGGCCAUGCUAUUCAAACAGCAGGCGUGGCUGAGACAGAAGCUCCUGGUGCUGGGAAGCCUUGCUGUUGGGAGUCUCCUGUAUCUAGUUGCCAGAGUUGGGAGCUUGGAUAGGCUACAACCCAUUUGCCCCAUUGAAGGCCGAUUUGGUGGAACCCACAGUCAGGCUGAAUUCCCACUCCGCGCCCUGCAGUUUAAGCGUGGCCUGCUGCACGAGUUCCGGAAGGGCAACGCUUCCAAAGAGCAGGUUCAUCUCCAUGACCUGGUCCAGCAGCUCCCCAAGGCCAUUAUCAUCGGGGUGAGGAAAGGAGGCACGAGGGCCCUGCUUGAGAUGCUGAACCUCCAUCCGGCAGUGGUCAAAGCUUCUCAAGAAAUCCACUUUUUUGAUAAUGAUGAGAAUUAUGCCAAGGGCAUUGAGUGGUAUAGGAAAAAGAUGCCUUUUUCCUACCCUCAGCAAAUCACAAUUGAAAAAAGCCCAGCAUAUUUUAUCACAGAGGAGGUUCCAGAAAGGAUUUACAAAAUGAACUCAUCCAUCAAGUUGUUGAUCAUUGUCAGGGAACCCACCACAAGAGCUAUUUCUGAUUAUACUCAGGUGCUAGAGGGGAAGGAGAGGAAGAACAAAACUUACUACAAGUUUGAGAAACUGGCUAUAGACCCUAAUACCUGCGAAGUGAACACAAAAUACAAGGCAGUAAGAACCAGCAUCUAUACCAAACAUCUGGAAAGGUGGUUGAAGUACUUUCCAAUUGAGCAAUUUCACGUUGUCGAUGGAGACCGCCUCAUCACAGAACCUCUGCCAGAACUUCAGCUCGUGGAGAAGUUCCUAAAUCUUCCUCCAAGGAUAAGUCAAUACAAUUUAUAUUUCAAUGCUACCAGAGGGUUUUACUGCUUGCGAUUUAACAUUAUCUUUAAUAAGUGCCUGGCAGGCAGCAAGGGCCGCAUUCAUCCAGAGGUGGACCCCUCUGUCAUUACCAAAUUGCGCAAAUUCUUUCACCCUUUCAAUCAAAAAUUUUACCAGAUCACUGGCAGAACAUUGAACUGGCCCUAAAAUAAUAUGUCAUACAACACUAUGUGUUGUGCCUGGAGACACACAAUGCCUCCUCUAGAUUAAAAUAUGCACUUUUCCUAGACACAGCUAUCCAAGUCAUUUUUCCAUGUAUACUUGUACAUACUCAGUGUGUGACCAAAUAUAAGAUCAGUUCUUUUUCUAGUGAAUAUUUACAAAAAACAAUUGCUGUCUGCUUAGUUGCAUCUCUUAAGCUAUUUACAAAAAAGGGUUGUUGGUACUGGGGAAAAUUGACUGCAGCUAUUCUCAAAGAGUUAGUCUUCCUCUGAUUCAAAAUUUGUCACCCGCCAUUUUCAUAGAUUUAAGCCAAAAGAUGAAUGUGUGAAAAUGUACCAAUGGCUGUGAAGCUUCAGGAAGUAGAGGAUUCAGUUAUGCAUUUUUUUUUUCCUAAAGGAAAGC